GUGGGCAAGCACGAAGUCGGCGGGCAUCCACGAGGGAGAGAGCUGCUGCUCUCAGUCUUUCACACGCUCACACCUUGUAGCAGUGUGCACGCCACUUGUAGAGACUUGCAAGAGAGAGAGAGAGAGAGAGAGAGAGAGAGAGAGAGAGAGAGAGAGAGAGAGAGAGAGAGAGAGAGAGAGAGAGAGAGAGAGAGAGGUAAGGAGGAAGAUAUCGUGGGUGGCGGGGUGUGGGGAGUGGGUGACGGCGGCCGCAGCUGCGUUUAGUACUAACAGGCGUGCUGGAGAUCAGGCUGCUCAGCGCCAUGGCUUCCUCUCGAUCAGCUAUGGAUGCCUGUGUCCGGCGACCCGGUGUGAUUGCAAUGCUGGCAGUUUUUGUAACUCUGCUCUCACGAGCCGACUGCCAGGCCAACGCCAAGGUGUUGGGAGGCCACCAGGCCAACCUGCGCUACUACUCCCAUCAAGUAGCGGUGAUUGUGAAGAAGGGUGCUGAUGAGGUGUCAUGCGGUGGCUCGAUUCUCAGCAAUCUCUAUGUCCUGACGGCGGCUCACUGUAUGGCACUGGCCGGGUUCGGCCCGGGCGAGAGCGCUGUCCCAAUCGACAGCCAGAUCACGGUCAGGUACGGGAACGAGGAUUGGCUGCUGGGAUCGACUGCUGCGGUGGAGCGAGUGUGGGUGCAUCAGGAGUACGACUCCACCGCUAAUGGGACGUUGAAGAAGCAUGACGUGGCGGUGUUACGAGUGAGCAGCCAGAAUCCGAUCGCCUACUCGAAGAGGGCGAGACCCAUCAAGCUGGCUCCGAAGGACGACAAGCUGACACUUGGCGCCGACGUGACCAUCGCGGGAUGGGGAUUGGGCAGCCCGAAGGCGUCGGGGGUGGCGACUCCCGCGCGCUCUCUCAAGGCCACGACUGUGAACACGAUUCCGCAGAUGUGCGGUCUGGAUACCGUCUGGGGGAGCGAUUUCGAGCCGUCGAGCAUGCUGUGCGCCGGAUGCGACACCGCCUUGGCCGAUGCCUGCGACGGCGAUGACGGCGGCGCGCUGACUACCACCUCCUCCUCCGGCGGCUGCGCCGUCGUCGUCGGCGUCGCCUCUGUGUCAGUCUGCGGCCAGAGCACCCUCAAGCCCUCUGUCUACACCCGUAUUGCCCCCUACGUUGCAUGGAUCGAGUCCAUUGUGGGUCACCCCGUCCGAAGCACGUACGAAAUCAGUCCUCGGACCGACUGCGACAAAUGUGUUAACCCCUCCAACCCCCCUCCAUGUGGCAAUGCCCCUUCCACCAUCGACAAGUUCCGCUGCCACCUGGAAGGCGAGCUCGCGCAGUCCUUAACGCUGUCCUUCGGCGGCGGGACGCGAUGUAACAACGGGAAGACGCAUUUCAAGGCGGAGUUCACGGGUGCAAAGCUGCCAGCCGUGGCCAACCUGACCAGAGGAGUGGUGUACCUCUUCUCGGCGACAAACACCGGGACGGAAGUGCUGUACAUGCACGGCAAGACUAUCAACACGCCGCUCAGUGCUCCCAUUACGAGAUUGGGCAUGGCCAGGUACAGCCCCAAGGCCAAAGGAUGGGUGUUUGAGAUCGACGGCUGUUCUACCACAGGAACCACGUACGCAGCUUUAUACAGAUCGAGAGGUAGCUACGGACACUUCCAAAUCUCUCUUCCUAUCAAUUAGUCACGUGUGUACUCUGUGAUUAACCGCCACGUGUCUUAAACGGACUGGGUAGGUAUCAAAACCAGAUCAGCUCGUCUAUAGACACAAUGCUGGCGGUCUUGUCGGUCUUGAUCUGACGUCCCUAUGAAUCAUAGCACAUACCUACACUGUUUGAUGUAAUCGGACUUUCUGGCGAUAUAUAUAGUAUUGGGCGGGACGUUUUUCUCGUAUACUUGCUGGGUGAUGGGCAAAAGCUUCAAGCUUUGUAUUUGGUCAUUUUGUGUGAGGUGUGGAAAGGAAGUCGGGAUCCGAGUUGGCAAAGAUAGCUUCGACUUUUCGACGUCCUCCAGCGAUUGUAACACAGUGUAAUCGUUCCGUACCGUAAGGACAUCUUCAAACGUACACAACCUCAGCGAUUCUUCUUCGAUAGUUCUACGUAGCUUCCUUCGCUGAACGUCGGCAAUAUGCUCUCUUAGCUUGCCUCAGCUGUAGUACUACGUCGUCGGUGCAUAUCUUCUUAGCGGCGUUAGCGAUCCUUUCACGACCUAGAGUACUUGGGGAAUUUAGUAUAUGUAUGGAGUCAUUGUACGUGUGUUCUUGGGUAGAACGUAGUCGAGCACACGUACACAACAUCAGGUUCUGUGAUGGAUGUUGCACGUAGCAGCCAUCGUUGGACGUAAGGGCAAUGGCUUCCGUGAAGUCGGCUAGUUUACAGUGUACAGGUAGCAAGCAGCCAUGCGGAUGAAUGUGAGCUUCCUCUGAAGCAUGGUUUUCUAACCCGGAAUCUUGCUCCUCGAUUAUGGCCUUUGGUCGUAGGUCGCCGCUAGCUGUACUUGGCUAUGUGGUGGACGUAAGCUGGCUGAUUGUGAGUGUUUUUCGCUGUACGUUUGCAGCUGCAGCUGCAGCUCUUGCGCAGUGCACUUUCGCAAGAAAGAAAACCACAGUAGCUAUGGACACAGUCUCCCGUGUUCUCGGAAUACGGCGUCGCCACGUGGCAUGUGCGUUACUUCCACUUGUUUCUCUCGUCGUCGUAGCCUGCGCUUUCUUCGCCUCUUCCUCGCUCCCUCUCUCACUCUUAUAUGGUUCGUUCCCUGUAGUUCUCCGUAGUGCUGAAGUCCCUUCUGGAGUCGACAAUGCCGACGUUGCUUCGACCGUACUCGUCUAAGAUUAAGAUUACUAUGUGAUAUAAGAAGGGACGAACUUCGUUCGUUACCGAGAGAGAGAGAGAGAGAGAGAGAGAGAGAGAGAGAGAGAGAGAGAGAGAGAGAGAGAGANGAGAGAGAGAGAGAGAGAGAGAGAGAGAGAGAGAGAGAGAGAGAGAGAGGAGGGACAGGCAGUCGGGGACCACUCUGACCACGUGGAAUCGAUCUACGGAGCGCUGUACGGUCUUGCCGCGCGGGAAGGCUCUCCGGUCUUUUGACUCUUUUCACGUGGGGGCCGCUCUUUGCACGUGGGAGCACUGAGUCCAUGUGGACAUCUGUUCACGAGAAACGCAGCGAAAUCGUACAGCAUGAGCGUCUAUUUGCCGACUAUAUUUUGUGGGCCCUCUUUUAUGAUAGAUUCUGCCGGCGGCAGGUACGUGGAACAGCAAUUACAGGGGGAGUGUUUUUUGUCUGUAGCUUUGUGAGGUUGAGCUCGACCUUCAGGCGCACACUGCGGCUUUUGUGUCGUGGCACGGUCCGUUUUGCGUUGCAUGGGGGAAGAACCUGGUCUCAUUCUUCUACUAGAGUUAUGCUCCAAGCCAUACAUUCUCGUCGAAAAAGAAAGGAAAAAGACAAUCUAUUUUUUCUCUGAUAAAAAGAUGCCUAUUGU